AUGGAGCAAGCCAGCCUCACCAUGAAAACACCCAGCAGUGUCAUCAAAUGCCGGGCAGCUGUUGUCUGGACAACCAAUGCCCCCCUUUCCAUUGAGGAGGUUGAAGUUGAUCCACCAAAGGCCGGUGAGGUCCGAAUUAAGAUUUUAUAUUCCGGGGUCUGUGGUACUGAUAGCCACAUCCUGGAAGGGAAAGACAAAAUGCUAUUUCCUGUCAUCCUGGGCCAUGAGGGAGCUGGGCUUGUGGAGAGUAUCGGACAAGGCGUAACUACUGUAAAGCCAGGAGAUAAAGUUUUAAUGCUUCCGCUUCCAGAAUGUAGAAAAUGCAUCUACUGCCUCCACCCGAAGGGCAACCUCUGUGAGAAAGAGAAUAUUCUCUCUCCGACGGGAUUAAUGUUGGAUGGAACCAGCAGAUUUACCUGCAGAGGGAAGAAAAUCUAUCAUCUUUACGGGACCAGCACCUUCACGGAGUAUACCGUGGUAGAUGAAAUUGCUGUGGCGAAGAUCGAUGCUGCUGCUCCCAUGGAUAAAGUCUGUGUCAUGAGCUGUGAGGUGCCGACAGGCUUUGGAGCUGUGUUUAAUACAGCGCAGGCCACCCCUGGCUCCACCUGCAUGGUUUUUGGACUCGGAGGGAUCGGUUCUGCCAUUGUCAUGGCCUGCAAAGCUUCUGGUGCUUCUAGAAUCAUCGGGGUUGACAUCAAUGAGCAGAAGUUUCGCCGGGCAAGAGCCUUGGGUGUCACUGAUUGUCUCAACCCUAGAAAGCUCCAGAAGCCUGUCCAGGACGUAGUGAUGGAAAUGACAGGUGUGGGUGUUGACUUUGCCUUUGAGGCCAUCGGCCUCAUUGAAACCAUGGUCUCAGCGUUGAAGUCCUGCAAUAUGAGCUAUGGAGUGUGUGUGAUUGUGGGAGUUGCUCCAACAGGUUCACAGCUCUCCUUUGACCCAAUGGUGCUUCUCCCAGGGAGAACCUUGAAAUCUUCUAUUAUGGGAGGGUAUAAAACCAGAGACGACAUCCCUAAACUAGUAACAGACUACAUACAAAAGAAAAUCAACAUAGAUGCUCUUAUAACCCACAAGCUGCCUUUUGAAAAAAUCAACAAAGCAUUCAAAUUGUUGCGAGAGGAAAACUGCAUCCGCUGCGUCCUCUCGCUCUGA